AUGGAGGGCGGCGGUGACGGAGGCGAGGCGCGAGGCGGCGGCGGCGGCGGCGGCGGCGGCGGCGGCGAACGGCGGCACCGAGUCUCGGUGAGCGGCGGCGGGAGGAGGAGCAGCGGCGGCGCUCGCUCGCUGUUGACGGGAUUGCUUUUGAGCCUGGGAGCCCAUGCCACUGCGACCGGCGUGCCCGGGAACGGAGAUCGCGCGCGCGCCGCCACUCACGACGCGCGCGCGAUCUUCGCGGAGUCGGGUCCCCAGAGGGAAGCGGUCUUCUCGGCCGACGUCCAGCGGCGCGCAAGGAAGCAGGCGCAGCGGAGGCGGCCUAGCACCGGCUCGGCGCCGGGCGCGCGCUGCGCGGCGCGGCGCUCGCGCUGCUGCGGUGCCGAGAGCGGCAUGAUG